AUGGACCCAACAGCCACCCUUCUUUAUUUGGAUUACUAUGAAGCUGCAAGCACCGAUCAUCCCAGCAUGGGGACUCUCUCCCACAUUUCCUACACGUCUGUCUUUCUCCCUAUCUUUUACACAGUCGUGUUCCUGGCUGGAGUAUUGGGGAAUUUCAUCCUCAUGGUUGCUCUGCAUUUCAAACACGGCAACCGAAGAUUAAUCGACAUCUUCAUCAUCAACCUGGCUGCUUCUGACUUCAUUUUCCUUGUCACACUGCCGCUUUGGGUGGAUAAGGAAGCCUCUCUGGGGCUGUGGAGGACUGGCUCUUUCCUGUGCAAAGGCAGCUCCUAUGUGAUCUCAGUGAACAUGCACUGUAAUGUCUUCUUGCUCACUUGCAUGAGCAUGGACCGCUACCUGGCCAUCAUGUGCCCAGCCUUAGCCAGAAGACUGAGAAGGAGAAACUGCGCAUAUGCAGUCUGCACCAGUGUCUGGAUCAUCUCCUGCCUCCUGGGACUGCCCACGCUUCUGUCCAGGGAGCUCACUCACGUGGAUGGCAAGCUGUACUGUGCAGAGAAGGAACCCACUCUGCUAAAACUGAUGUGGGGUCUGGUGGCCUUAAUUGUCACCUUUUUCGUCCCCCUACUGAGCGUUUUGACCUGCUACUGUUGCAUCACAAGGAGGUUGUGCGCUCAUUACCAGCAGUCAGGAAAACACAGCAAAAAGCUGAGGAAGUCCAUAAAGAUCAUCAUUAUUGUUGUGACCGCCUUCGUCUUCUCCUGGUUGCCCUUCAAUACUUUCAAGCUCCUGGCCAUUGUCUCAAGGUUGCAGCCAGAACACCAGUUUUCCCCGGAGUCUUUUCAGAUGGCUAUGGAGGUGAGUGGGCCCUUGGCAUUUGCCAACAGCUGUGUCAAUCCUUUCAUUUACUAUGUCUUUGACAGCUAUAUCCGUCGGGCCAUUGUACACCGUCUGUGCCCUUGUCUGAAGAACUAUGACUUUGGGAGCAGCUCUGAGACAUCAGACAGUCACCUUUCCAAGGCACUUUCCAACUUCAUCCAUGCUGAGGAUUUUGUCAAGCGGAGGAAGAGGUCUGUGUCACUCUGA